CUGGGGGGAGGGGUCCCUAGGAAUGGCAGCCUAGGGUGUGUCUGGAAGGGACCAGAGGUUGUGGCCCAGGAGGGUGGAGUUGGUGAUGUUUGAGCAGAGAAGCCAAGGGCUGGUUGGGAGUGUUUCUGGGUUGGGAUCCCAAGGGGGUGUGAAGGCACAGGCCAGUGUGAGGUGGAGCUGAGGAAGACCAAUGCUUUGAUGUCUCCUGAUAGGGACAUCUCCUUCAGGAAGGCAAAACUCAGUGUGCCUGGUCAUUCUUGGGCAUUGAAGGUACGGUGGCACUGUUUGCGGACCAUCUACUGUGCAGUGAUUGGAUUCUUCAGCUGCUGUUAAAUCCUUUUGCCGAGGAUGGAUGAGAGACCAACCUAAAAAACAGUUAUUUUGCGGACUUCUUCAUUGCCUGCUAGAAUGUUUCUUAUGAAUGCCUCUCCUUUGAUAGCUCUGAAGACAAAAUGGGAAUCUUUUGGACAAUCAAGGAGUUGUAGAUACCCUGUUUGCUUCUCUGAAUCUGAAGAGGAUGUUACUAGAGCAUCUGUAAGUGCAAAAGUUCAGAUGAUCAUAAACAACCUGCAAAGUCAAGAGUCUUCCCUGGAUAUGAACAAUGAUUAUGAUUGUAUUACACAGAAAAAACGAAAGGGAGAAAAAAGGAGUAACAGACUUACAUCUAGUACCCGGGUGCUACAACAGCACACCUAUUCCAAGUGUGGUUGCCCUGCUGAUUCUGAUGGCACAGAAGUGGAAGACAGUUCAGAGUUUGGGACCCUCCUGUUGGAUUCUGAUAGUGAUGAUUCUGUUGAUCGAGACAUAGAGGAAGCCAUUCAAGAGUACUUGAAAAAGAAAAGCAAGAGUAUCCAGCCAUUGCCAAGCAAUGCAGAGUGUUCAGAUAGAACAGAUGUAGACAAGAGGGUCAAAAGGGAACUCUCACAGAAUAAGGUGACUAGUAAUCUACUCCCUAUGAAAUUUAAAGCUGAAAUGGUGACUGAAGGCUUCAUUUCUGACCAUGUGGGAAUUUGUGAGAAGCUACGGUCAGCUUCACCUCUGAGCAUCAGUAGUGAUGACUCUUUUGAACAGAGCAUACAUGCUGAAAUUGUACAGUUCUUGAAUGAAAAGAAACAGCAAGAAACUAAUAAGUGUGUAAUUGUGGAGGAUAAAAACCUGGAACAGAAAGAAACUCAAGUGAAAUCUAUGUUUAAAUAUAACAAAGAAUCAGCUAACAAAGCAAAUCGCAGUACUUUAAAGCAAGGAUGCAAAGCACUUCUCUUAAGGCACCAGCCCAAACUGAGGAAGACCAAUGUACAAUCUAAAUGUUUGAAGUCUAAAAUCAGUGAAGAGCCUAGUGACUUCAGUAAAGCGACCCAGACACAUUUUAAAAUGACAGCUACUAGCCAACCAUGGGUUGUCGAACAAAAUAAAGAAGGUGAAGGCAAGAGACAUUUCUUCAAAACCGAAGGAGAACAAAUAAUUGAAAGCACUCACUUAUCUGAUUCAAGUAGUGAUGAUGGUAUCGAAGAAGCCAUUCAGCUUUAUCAGCUGGAGAAAAUCAAGAAAGAGGUAAAUCCUACAACAGACUUCCAAAAAGGUGUAGCAGACAUUUCUGCAAGCCUAACAAUUAGCUCAACAAAAUGUGCAUCGGCAGAAGACCAUAAAAAAUCCUUAAGCAGCAAAAGGAGGGAGAUGAGUACAAAAUCCACACAAUUUAAAGGCACUGGCAAUGAAUUUAACAAACUGUUUAAGCCUUUGAAAAAAGCCAGAAGUUGUGCAUCUCCGGUAAACAAAAUUGCCAAAUGCAAGCUCACGUUGCAGGCUUCUUGCCGAGCAGACACAUCCACAGAACUGAUGUGUGCGGAAGCCAUCCUUGACAUUUCCAAAACAAUCAUGCCACCCCAAAUGGGAUGCGAGGGCAAAUCAUUUGCAGCAAACCCUUUCUUCUACCCCCAAAGCUUGCCUUCCUCCCACUGCGAAAGCGACAGCAGCCCUGUAGACAGCGAUGAUAGCAUAGAGCAAGAAAUCAGGGCUUUUUUGGCUCUCAAGGCACAGUCAGAAAAUCUUGUAACAAAACCUGAUAAUUUGUCCCACUCUGUCCAAAGGCCCUUGUCUUCUGAGCGUAACAGUGUGACUGGUGGCCUGGAACCUUCCCUCCCCAAAACACUGAAUCUAUCAUUGAGUCGUAAGAGGAGACUUAAAGGAGAAAGCAAAGUAGCAAAACAGAGCAUAGACAAUAAAACAGAAGGGCUGGAGAUGGGGUAUGCCCAUGCGGGUUAUGGUAAUAGCGCCAAAAUGCUAGUUUUGCAAGAUGGGAGUGGCCUGAGCUGUCAUAGAAAAGCCUGUGAAGCUGGAAGGUCUGGUAACAAAGAAACAAGUCAGCAGCUGAUCUCUGCAGAAUUCACUGGGCUUGUUGACAAGCAUGUUGCUUUAGACUUUGCAAACAGCUUGAUGCAGGUUCAGGGUAACACAAGAGAACUGAUAAAAAAUACAGUCCAGGCUCAAGAGAGAGAUGGUACAGAUGACAAGAGCAGUUCUCUGGACAGCGAUGAAGAUCUUGAUAGCGCUAUCAAAGACCUCUUAAGGUCCAAGAGGAAACUAAAGAAAAAGUCCAAAGACCAAAAAAUCCAAUGCAAGAAGAAAGUCAGAUUUGGUGACACAGAAACCCAGCUUUUGGAUGAACUCAGUAGCCUCCAGCGAAAGGACUGGAAAUGCAAAAGUCCUAUUCUGCUAAAAAGCUGCCUUUCAAAAUCACGUAAAGAUACUAAGGAAAAUGCAGUUAGAAGCCCCCAGAACAAUGUAAAUGGCAGGCUCUCAAAAGGAAGAUCAGAAAGCAUAAAGGACUUACCAUUUGCGUUGCAGUUUAAAAAAGAAUGUAAACCUAAACCAGUUUGCAACAAGAAUAACUUGGAGGCAGCUAAAAAUAAAAGAUGUUCUUUGACUGCUACUUCAGCAACAGAUGACAGCAGCUCUGUGGAUAGCGAUGACAGCAUUGAACAAGAAAUUAGGAAAUUUUUGGCAGAAAAGGCUAAAGGCUCUGCAAACAGUAUGGAAAUACGGAGGGAUAACUUACCUGCUGACUCAUUGAGAGUUACCAAACCACGUGCAAAUAAAGGAAAAACAAAGCAUCAGCUAAUCGAAAAUGAGACUAACAUGUUAUCGGGUCAGAGUAAAAAAACUAAAAAGGUACCUCAGCAAACAGAUGAAUUGAAAAGCUCUCAGAGAACUGUAGGAGAAAGUGCAAUAAUGCAUGAUGGUGAGAAAAGUGCAUCCCAUGCAGAGAACGUUUUCCUCCAUACUACUCUGGAGUUGAAGGCUGAGCAAGGGACAGUAUGGACUAAAGGUUUAGCUGCUGGUGCUUUGUCUGUAAAAGGAAAUCCAUUAAGUAAAAAGAGUACUAUAGAGCCUAAGCAGAAAAGCCUUUCAUCUACACACAGCAAAGGUGAUGGGUGUAAAUUGCAAAAUUACUUUAAUGCUAAGUCUAAUUCCAAAAGAAAUAGCACCUUUCAGUUAAAAAUUUCAAGCAAAUUUAUAGCUGGUCUAAAGUAUGCUCGCGAUAGAAAGAAAUCUGUGCUUUUAAACAAAAGGCAAAAUGUAGAACUUCCACUUCCCCAUAGCAGCACAUUAAGGACUGAGGUAACUCUCCCGAAUAUUUGUGCACUUGAACAAAAAAGUGGAGCCUUGGUGCAGAAUGGGGACCUUGGUGGAGAGGGAAAGACAGGAAUAAAAGAAGCAAAUUUUACUCAGAGCCUCAUAGUAGAGGAGACAGGUCUCCAUAUAGCAGAAACCUGUGAAAAACUGGAGGCUGCUCCUUUGCACGUUAAAACUGAAGCAGAUGAUUACAGAAAGGAUAACACUUUGGGAGACAAACAUAUGUAUUGCAGCUCAGAUUCAAAUCCAGAUCCCCAAUUGCAGAAACCCAACAUGGCAGCAGUAAGCGUUAGCGUAGGAACAUGUAUUUUUGAGAGCCAAAACACAUCCAUUAAGGAAGAGGAAGGAGAGAGCCAGCAAGACAGCAGCAGGCAGGAAGAAAUUAAUGUACCCAACUCUAGUUUGGAAGGGAAAAUGUUAGCCGAGCAAAGUAGGGAAGCUGAUCGUAAAGAGGACCAUGUUCAGGAAACUUUAGACAGAAGUUCGGCAGAGUUUAGUGACAUAGCUGUACAGGCAUGCACAAGCUCCCUGGUGAAAAGCGAGGUGUCAGAUUUUUCUUUAAGAACCUCUAUUGAUCCUGGAUUGACAAUACAACCUUACAUAACUUUAUCUCCAGCACAGAUAUGUAAAAAUCUUACUUUAAAAAUCCAGAAUGGAAGGAGAGAAUUCCAGAAAGUGUGCUGCAUGUUUGAAGGCAAAAAGAAAGAAAAAAGAAAAGAAAAGAAGCCCGAUUUGUUUCUCAGGGUUGAAAAGCAAUGGAAAUAACAAAAUAAUGCAAAAAAUUGGAAACAACGGAGGAAAUGAAGACAUGCCCUGAAGUCCUAGAAGAGAAGUGGUAAAUGAGAAAGCAGAAGGCUGAUUUUUUUUCUAAAUUACUUUGUUUUUUCUGUGGAAACCAUAUGAUAGAUAUUGAAAAUAUAAAGCCUUUGGGUGAAUUUCAGCCCUUGCUUUAUUAUAUUUGUUCAACCCUGUUGACAGGUUAUAAAUGAAGGCAGAAUUCUGCCAGGAAUUUCUGUAUUUGAGAUCACCAAAUAUUGUGUGGUGUAAUAGUGAAACUACACCAUGGACCUCCUUCAAAAGUCUUGGGGAACUACAAUAGGUUUUAGAUCAGGCACCAUAUAUUUGUAUUUGUUUGUUCUAUAUUCAUGCCUUUAUUAGACUUACUAUUCAGUUUCAUAUUUCAUUGCUGAUCUUGUUAACUAGUAACAAAGCAACUUGUCUUGCUUGUAUUUUUUAAAACUUUCCCUGUCAUGCUUGACCAAUUCAGUUUUAUAGAACAGUAUAAAAAUGAUUCAUGUCAGAGUGAAGUUUUCUUAAGAAAAUGUUAUGAAAAAUAUAGGUUGCAGUAUUACCUGGACACAUCUCAUCUAAUAUACCAAAUAUUAUUUUCAGCCAGCUGCUGAAAAAUUUUCAUAGCUUUUUGUUAUAUAUUACCAGUGUGUUGCACUGUUAAACUAGGAUAGUGUCUCCUCCACAAACAAAGUUCUUGAGAACUAUAUGUGGAAAUACAUUGCAUGGUUAGAACUGCAAUGGAGUGUGAUUUAUAUAAAAUGGCACAGUUUCAUUGGUUGUAUAACUGCAUUUGUUGCAAUAAAACUUUAGAAAAUAUUUCUCUAGGAUUCAUUGCCCUUGUUUGAAUAAUUCAUUAAGAAAUUAUAGUCUUGAGACAGGAAUGAAUAACAAAUGUUCUACAACAAAUCAGUUAACAAUACUAUUUAAAGGGUUAAUAUCUUUGGGAAAACAUGGAUCUUGAGAUAUCUGAUCAGAUUCUAAGCAACAUAGAAACAAAGAUUCAAAAAUUCAUUCAUCCUUUAGUACCAUGCAGUAUGAGCCAAGAGUUGAAAGGAUCACUUGUGAUUGAAGAAAAGCUAUUAAGUAUAUGUAUAUCUUUGUUGUAAGCUAUGUUGACUGAACUAUCACUUAAUUAUAAGUAACUAUAUGUUGACUGG